UCAAAACACCACCUUUCAAGGAAACAAAAAUGGGUCUUCUUCCUUUUGGCUUUCUUCUUCUGGGAUUUGUCUCCUUUGUUCAUGGACAUGGCUAUGGGGGCUGGAAUAAUGCUCAUGCAACUUUCUAUGGCGGUAGCGAUGCUUCAGGAACUAUGGGAGGGGCAUGUGGGUACGGAAAUCUGUACAGUCAAGGAUAUGGAACAAACACAGCAGCUGUGAGCAGUGCUUUGUUUGACAAUGGACUAAGCUGUGGUGCAUGUUAUCAGAUUAGAUGUGUGAAUGACCCACAAUGGUGUCUCCCCGGCACUGUUGUGGUCACUGCCACUAAUUUUUGCCCACCAGGUGGCUGGUGUGACCCUCCCAACCUCCAUUUUGAUCUUUCCCAACCUGUUUUCCAACACAUUGCUCAGUACAAAGCCGGCAUUGUUCCUGUCAGUUACAGAAGGGUGAGGUGUAGGAGAAGAGGAGGAAUAAGAUUUACCAUCAAUGGGCAUUCAUACUUCAAUUUAGUGCUGGUUACAAACGUUGGAGGAGCUGGAGAUGUGCAUGCAGUGGCAAUCAAGGGGUCAAGGAUUAGAUGGCAAGCCAUGUCCAGAAACUGGGGCCAAAACUGGCAGAGCAAUUCUUACCUCACUGGUCAGGCCCUUUCUUUCUUGGUCACCACCAGUGAUGGUCGCUCUCUUGUCUCUUACAACGUUGCGCCACCCUCUUGGUCCUUUGGCCAGACCUAUACUGGACGCCAAUUUCGAUACUGAAUUGAAUUCACCUUGAGUUUAUCUUAGCCUUCACACAAAAAUUAACGACUGUGCAUGUUUAUUAAUUUGUCCUUAAAAGUAAUAAUUCCGUGGAAACUCAGUCUUUUUGUCCAUUGAUUUUACUAAACGGAAAUGGCUAAAGUACAAUGAAUUUGUUAUCUUUGGGAACAGAUUUGCACGUCGAUUGAUUUUUCCAAGGCUAAAAUUCCAUAGGAUGAAAGUAUUAUUAGUUUGGUACAAGGUAAUAGAGUAAUGAGAGAAGCAAUUAAAAUAUUGUUGAGGUGAACAACAUAUGGGACGCCUCAAGAGUGGCUCUGUUUGGCGGAGAAUGGUUUCAUGUACUACUAGGAUUAUUAGGUACAGCUUGUGAUAAUGAUUUCAUGUACUAUAAGGUACAACUUGUGAGAAUGAUAAGUCGUUUGUAAGAAUCCCACUUGAGGGAGCAAGUGGGGUUCUCCUUACUUUAAUUUGAUUGUAAUAUAUUGUUGAGUAUGCUUUUAAUGUUGUUGGGCUUCAAUUAUUUCUGAAUAAGAGACAUCAUGAUAAU